AUGGUGGAUUGGGAUUACUUACCAGUUGGUGCUGUAAAACUCUGGUAUUGUGGAUACAAUAGACGAAUGAAAGACAAAGGCACGAUGCGCAUAAGAAGACCAAUAAAUAUGUAUUUGGAACUAGCCCCUUUUUUAUUGUCAAGUCUAAAUUUACGGCGCAAACGGCUAUUAAUUGAAUAUACAAGUUUUUUUUGGAUGAGACAGCAUUUUAUUAUUAAAUUACCCAAAGACAAACUGCAACUCUUAAAAGGACGCGAGUUAGGUACCCGAGGAGAGAUUGAUGAACACAAAAAUUGUGGGGACAAAGUAGACACACCUUAUUGCUCUGAAGGAUUAGAUAAAGAACCUGUAUCCCAGGCAGUCAGUCGCAAUGAAUUGGUCCGGUUAGAUAGAAACGUCGUACCCCAGUUGGUAACUCUUACGUGCGACCUGUAUUUUCAAAGACUUAAUUUUGUAAAAAAGUAUUGUCUUUAUAUCCAUGAAAAGUCUGGAAAACCCAAAGGGUAUUACUGUGUACUGCAUCAAUGCUUUCUAGCUUUCAUGUUUAUCAGCAAUGAGAAUGAUCUAAUGGAGCAAUUUGUAAAUUUCAUUGUACUCCAUAAAAUCAACUACCAUUGGCCUUGGAAUCAGAUCCUGAGUACAAUCAAAAUGCAUUUCACAGAGUUCAGUUGA